UGCUCUCCCCGCACAGCAGAUACACGGCCCGACCGGCCGGCAGCUCCCCUGCCGGUGCACCCGUCCCCACCUCGGCCCCCGGCGGCGCCUGCUGGAAACCUCUGCUCCGGCGUCGCCUUCAGCCCUCCGGUCCCUGCCUCCUCUUCUAUCCCCCUGUUCUCAUCCCUCCUUCUCUCAUCUCUUCCUACCUUCUCUCUACCCCCAUCUCCCCUUCUCUCCAUCUUUUCUCUCAUCCCUCCCUCCCUCCAUCCUCUGCCUCCUCUUCUCUCCGUCCCCCCCCCGCCUUCUCUUCUCCCAUCUCUGUUCUGUGCAUCCCUCCAUCCCUCCGACCGCCCUUCUUUGCAUCCAUCCCUCCUCUCUGUUCACUCCUCCAUCCACCCAGUCCCUUCAUCGCCCCCUUCCUCUUUCUAUCGUUUCCCCCCCGCCCGGGGCUGGGGGCCCAGGUGGGGCCAUGGCGCUGGUCGCCUCGCCCACCGAACUGGAGUGCCUGACCAAGCCGCUCUUCUGCCGCAAGGGGGCGCUGCGCCAGAAGCUGAUCCACGAGGUCAAGAGCCACAAAUUCACGGCGCGAUUCUUCAAGCAGCCCACGUUCUGCAGCCACUGCACGGACUUCAUCUGGGGGAUCGGGAAGCAGGGACUGCAGUGUCUAGUCUGCAGCUUCGUCGUACACAAACGGUGCCAUGAAUUUGUCACCUUCGAAUGCCCGGGAGCCGGAAAAGGACCCCAGACAGAUGACCCCCGGAACAAGCACAAGUUCAAGAUUCACAGCUACAGCAGCCCAACCUUCUGCGACCACUGCGGCUCCCUGCUCUACGGGCUGGUGCACCAGGGCAUGAAGUGCUCCUGCUGCGAGAUGAACGUGCACAAGCGCUGCGUGCAGAGCGUGCCCAGCCUGUGCGGGGUGGAUCACACGGAGCGCCGCGGCCGCCUGCAGCUCCGCAUUGAGACGCUCGGCGGGGAGGAGAUCCGCGUCUUCGUGGGUGAGGCCCGGAACCUCAUCCCCAUGGACCCCAAUGGGCUGUCGGACCCCUACGUGAAGCUGAAGCUCAUCCCGGACCCCAAGAACGUGAGCAAGCAGAAAACCCGGACUGUGAAAUCCACGCUGAACCCCGUGUGGAACGAGACCUUCCUAUUCACACUGAGGCCGGGAGACGUGGAGCGGCGGCUGUCCAUCGAGGUGUGGGACUGGGACCGCACCUCACGCAAUGACUUCAUGGGAGCCAUGUCCUUUGGCGUGUCGGAGCUGCUCAAGGGACACGCGGAUGGAUGGUACAAGUUACUCAACCAGGAGGAGGGGGAGUAUUACAAUGUCCCCGUGGCUGAUGCUGAAAAUUGUGGGCUGCUGCAGAAAUUUGAGGCCUGCAACUACCCCCUGGAGCUGUACCAGAAGGUGCGCCACGGCCCGGGCCCCUCACCCACCCCCAGCCCCACGGACUCCAAGCACGGCAGCUUCUUUGGGACCAGCCGCUUCCACAUCUCCGACUUCAACUUCCUCAUGGUGCUGGGGAAGGGCAGCUUCGGCAAGGUGAUGCUGGCCGAGCGGCGGGGCACGGACGAGCUCUACGCCAUCAAAAUCCUGAAGAAGGACGUGAUCAUCCAGGACGACGACGUGGAAUGUACCAUGGUGGAGAAGCGGGUCCUGGCGCUCAGCGACCGGCCGCACUUCCUCACCCAGCUGCACUCCACCUUCCAGACCACGGACCGGCUCUAUUUCGUGAUGGAAUACGUCGAUGGCGGAGACCUCAUGUACCACAUCCAGCAGGUCGGGAAGUUCAAGGAGCCUCAUGCCAUGUUCUACGCAGCAGAGAUCGCCAUCGGCCUCUUCUUCCUGCACAACAAGGGCAUCAUCUAUCGGGAUCUGAAGCUGGAUAACGUGAUGCUGGAUGCCGAGGGCCACAUUAAGAUCACGGAUUUCGGGAUGUGCAAAGAGAACAUCUUCCCUGGAGUGACUACCCGGACCUUCUGUGGGACCCCUGACUACAUCGCCCCGGAGAUAAUCGCCUACCAGCCCUACGGGAAGUCGGUGGAUUGGUGGUCCUUCGGCGUGUUGCUCUAUGAGAUGCUAGCGGGGCAGCCCCCUUUUGACGGGGAGGAUGAGGACGAGCUAUUCCAGGCAAUCAUGGAGCACACGGUGUCCUACCCGAAGUCACUGUCCCGCGAGGCCGUCUCCAUCUGCAAAGGGUUCCUCACCAAGCACCCCCUGAAACGCCUGGGCUCGGGGCCGGCCGGGGAGCAGGACAUCCGGGAGCACGGCUUUUUCCGCUGGUUGGACUGGGAGAGCCUGGAGCGCCUGGAAAUCCCUCCUCCCUUCACCCCCCGCCCAUGCGGGAGGAGCGGCGAGAACUUCGACAAGUUUUUCACGCGGGCGGUGCCGGCGCUGACCCCCCCGGACCAGCUGGUCAUGGCGGGGCUGGACCAGAGCGAAUUCCAGGGCUUCACCUAUAUCAACCCCGACUUCGUGCACCUCUCGCUGCGCCCCCCCACCUCCCCCAUCUCCAUGGUCUGACCCGCCAGCUCCCCCAUGGCUUAACCUGUCUGUAACCUGAGCACUCCCGCCCCUCCGCGAUCUACCCUGUACGUGGUCUGACCCCACCGCCCCCGGCUUGUGUGCACAGAAAUGCAGCCUCCUCUGGGGUGGGGGGUGGAUACAUGGGGACACCUCGCCUGGCCCAUUUCGUGGCUAUGCAGCAAAACUGUAAAAUAAGUUUGAGACAGGAAGUGAAAGAGAAUCUCACACCUAAACACAGCUGUGAGCCACCAGAUUUCAGGAGGCCCUAACUGCCAGGGGAGAGCGCCCCCUACUGCCCCCGGCUGCUCCCUGCAGCCCAGUGCCCCCUAGUAGCGCCCUGGGGCAUCAGGGCCAGCCCUGCCUGCCAUGGGCCAGCGCCCCCUUCUGGCCCCCCUGCACUAAAUAGCUUUGAACGUGUACAUAACUGGGGGGGGAGCUUGAAGGUCAGGGGGGACAAUUGCUGCUUUCUCAGUCUUUCCUUAACAUGCCCCUCCGCUAAGAUAUUGACCCCCUUCUCUGGUGCAUGGAGUACAUAUAGCUACACAUCUGUAUUUACAGCUGUAACGCACAGGCCAAUCCACCGCAGCUUUCCCCAUCUGUGCCCCCCAACAGGCUGGGGCUGGGGCCCAGGGGUCAGCAUUUCAGACAAGCCCCAGGUUGGAGGAGAUACCCUCCCCCACCCUUCGCAGCCUCAGGCUUGGUGUGGGGCAAAGGCUCACCUGGAGGAGGUGAAGAAGGCGGCGAGGGAGCCAGGACUCCUGGGUUCUCUCCCCAACUCCGGGAGGGGAGUGGGGGCUAGUGGUUAGAGCUGUAGGGUGUGGGCUGUUAAUCAGAGCCCCCUGCUCUAACCACU